AUGCGAAUAAUUGUAUCACGUGAUAUUGAGAGCUGUUUCUGGCCUAUGAAAGAAUUUGAAAUUUCCGUUAACUUCAGUUGUCAGUUCAAUAGGCUGCACAGUCUGGACGAUUAUGCAUUCGUGUAUGGGGACGCCGACGCGUUCAGGUUAGGCUACUUCAGUGCCAAGAACAUCAGCAACUGCAUGCCCAUUUAUGAAACGUUCAACGCUGCUUGGCGAGUGAUGAGUCAGGAAGAUGCUAAUUACGUCUUCAAAUAUGAAGAUUAUCGUACGGCGUUCUUUCAAGAUCCUAAGAACGAGAGAUUCAGAUUUAAAUUCUACACAGCCUUCCACUCUUCAAGAUGUCUCGAGAAGUACCCGCACUCUUAA